AUGCGCUCGCUACGCCCCAAAGCACCUGCCAGGCCACGUACAUGGAAACAUAACGGCCGAGCAGCAUGGCUUGCUCGAUCAUACGCUGUUCAAGCUCCUGGAGCUCCCACCGUAGAGGUCUUCGACGCAAGGACGAAAUUGCUGCACAAGGAACGCGCCGCGGCGAAUACGACCCAGAGCAGACAAGUCGAUUACCUCCGCGAUGAGGUCGCCGUCCGACUGUGCGAUCGUAUCCUAGACAUCAACCGUCCCUUCCCCAGAAUCCUCGACUACGGCGCCAACGCCUGCAACAUCGCCCGCAGACUCACGCUCCCAGACCCCGAUCCUGACUCCGCGAAACCUUUCAAAGAGCCCAUCAGCAAGAAGAUUGGAAGCAUCACCUGCGCGGAUACCAGCCCGACGCUACUGUACAGGGAUCAAGAUGAGGCGUGGAAUAAAGAGAUAGACAUACAGCGGGAGGUGCUGCGGAAUGCGGAGUAUCUGCCUUAUGAAGCAGAGACGUUUGAUGCGGUCCUUUCGUCCAUGUCGUUGCAUUGGAUCAAUGAUUUGCCGAGCGUGUUGAUGCAGAUCAAUAAUUGCUUGAAGCCGGAUGCACCUUUUGUGGCGGCGAUGAGUGGUGGUGAUAGUCUGUAUGAAUUGAGAGGGUCAUUGCAGUUGGCGGAACAGGAGCGGCUGGGCGGUAUUGGGACGCAUAUAUCUCCAUUGGCGGAUGUUCGAGAUGUCGGCAACCUGCUGAACCGUGCCGGGUUCAAGCUGCUCACGGUAGACGUGGACGAUAUUAUUGUCGACUACCCCAACACCUUCGCCCUCAUGUCCGAUCUGCAAGCUAUGGGAGAAGCCAAUGCUGCCUUGAGGCGAGAGCCAGGCGGUAUCAGCAAAGAUGUUCUCCUGGCGACUGAGGCCAUCUAUCGAGAGCUUUACGGCGAGCAGCAGGAAGACGGCAGUACCACGAUCCCGGCUACGUUCAGAAUCAUAUACAUGAUUGGUUGGAAGGAAGGUGCUGGCCAACAAAAGCCUCUCGAGCGAGGUUCUGGUGAUGUCAACCUGAAAGAGUUGUUCGACAGCGAUAAAGGUAGCAAGGGCAAUUAA